AUGAUAUUUGCAGAUCAUAUGGGUUCUGUUUCGCGAAGUGCUUCUCGUUACGCGAAGGAAAAAUCCCGUGAAAAGGGAAGAAAUAGAGAGGGUGAUAGGGAGAAAUCUCGUGAGCGAUCUUAUGAGAAGCCAAAAGAUCGUGAGGAACCGGAGGAUGAAGUGGAGGGAUUGUAUGAACAUGAAUGUCGUCGACGAGGACAAAGAAAAUCAGACAAUCAUAAUAAUGGGCGUGGUGUUGUUGUUAUGGAGGAGGAGAAGAUGAGCAAGUUGGAGUUUGAUCAUAUGAUGAUUAAGAUGUCAUCUAGGUUCCCCGGGUUUAAGUUCUCUCCUGGGGAUGAAGAAUUGAUCUCUUUCUACCUCAGGAAGAAGAUAGUGGAAAUGGAUGAGUUAGUUUCCAUCAUUCCAGAGAUUGAGAUUAAUAAUUUUGAGCCUUGGGAUUUGCCAGCUAAAUGUUCAAUAUACUCUGAGAGUGAAUGGUACUAUUUCUCUCCUCGUGGGAGGAAGUAUCCAAAUGGGUCUCAAAGUAAGAGAGCAACUGAAUCUGGUUACUGGAAGGCAACUGGUAAAGAACGCAAUGUAAAGUCUGGAUCCACUGUCAUUGGUACAAAGAGAACACUGGUUUUUCACACUGGUCGUGCCCCAAACGGGGAGAGGACCGAGUGGAUCAUGCAUGAAUAUGGUAUGAAGGGCCAAUCAAAGGUCAGUUCUUGA